AAUUGAGAAAAAAUGAGGUUAAAUUCUUCUUUCUAUUAGUGUGGAAAUACUAUUUUAAAAGUUAUAAAAUAAAUUAUGUAAUAUUUAUCUGAUAAUAGACUUAAGUGCCAAGAUAAAUAUCUUAUCUUUAGAUUCUUGGAUUGAAUUUUGAACUUAAAAACAAUAAGGUUUCUAUUAACAAAAUGGCUUCAAUGGCAAUAGACAUUCUGAGCACUUUAGUAGCCAUAGCCUGCAUACUAUACACCUACUUCAAAUGGUCCUUUUCGUAUUGGAAACGAAAAAAUGUACCUUAUUUGGAACCUAGCAUUCCGUUUGGAAAUCUUCAAAGCCCUUUUGACAAGAGCCGCGUCUCUCUCGGAAGUCACAUAUCCAAUCUUUACAGACAGGCUAGAGAGAAAGGUUAUAGACAUUGCGGGGUAUACUUUUUCAACAGGGCCCUCUACAUGCCUACCGAUCCGAACCUGCUAAAAAAUGUACUUCAGAGGGACUUCAAUUACUUCGUCGACAGAGGGUUUUACUACAACGAGAGUAAAGACCCCUUGGGUGCCCACUUGUUCGCCAUAGGCGGCUCGAAAUGGCGCAACCUGCGACGAAAACUCACCCCCACUUUCACCUCCGGCAAAAUUAAGGCCAUGUUUAAAACUGUCAUCGACUGCGGAUUGAUUUUGGAGAAGGUGAUGGCUCGUGAGUCCGCUAACAACAACCCAGUCGAUAUCAAGGAGGUCAUGGGUCGUUUCACGACCGACAUCAUAGGUUGCUGUGCGUUCGGUUUGGAUUGCAACACCUUCCAGGACGAGGAGUCGCCUUUUAGGCUGUACGGGAAGAAAAUAGCGUCCAUAGGGGAGAACAAAUUUGAAUUUCUAAUGGUGGCGAUAUCGCAUAGUUUUCCAAAGCUUGGCCGGGCUCUAGGUUUACGCCAGCUGUCCAAAGACGUGAGCGAUUUCUUUUCGAAGGUGGUAAAAGACAACAUAGACUACCGCGAAGAAAACAACAUCGUUCGCAAAGACUUCUUCCAGAUUCUCAUGGAGAUGAAGUCCAAAAACGACGAGUCUGAAGGAGAUGGCAACAGUUUGACUUUCAACGAGAUUGCUGCUCAGUGCGUUAUAUUUUUUUUAGCCGGUUUCGAUACUUCUUCUACAACGAUGACUUUUGCGUUGUAUAACAUGAGUAGAAAUCAGGAAGUCCAGGAGAAGGUUAGAGACGAAAUCAACAGGGUUUUGGCCAAGCAUGGGGGGGAGAUCACCUAUGAGGCCCUUAACGAUAUGCAUUACAUGGGCCAAGUAAUCGAAGAAACACUCCGUCUCCAUCCUCCAGUUCCUGUCAUUACAAGGGUCUGCGUGAAGGAUUACAAAGUGGAAGGCGAGGAUGUGAUCAUACAAAAAGGUACUAAAGUUGUUAUACCCAUCAUGGGUAUACACCAUGACGAGAAAAACUACCCUGAUGCCGAAACAUUUGACCCUGAAAGAUUCAACCUUGAAAAUAAGGCUAGCAGAGAUCCAUUCACCUAUAUACCUUUCGGGGAAGGGAACAGAAUAUGCAUAGGUUUGAGGUUCGGAGUCUUACAAACUAAAGUGGGAUUGACAGUGCUACUUAAAAAUUAUAAAUUUUCUUUGAGCAAAAUCAUGAAGGACGAAAAAAUUACCUACGACCCCAGUGCGUUUCUGUUAAAUACUACAGAAAAAAUAUACCUAGACUGCCAAAAAAUCUAAAGAUAGAUCCAUUUAUAUAGUAUGCUAUCUCUAUGGUGUCUUUGAGAUAGU